AUGCCGCCACCACACCUGCAUCCGCGGUCGCGCAUGACCUCGUCCCUCUUCGCGACCACCGUCCUCGCGAGCUUCUUGGUCGUCGCACUCCCGCACGUCCUGCCGUGUCCCGCUCCCGCGCGAAGGGUCUACUACGCCGACGACGGCGGGGAGGAGGAAGGGGGCAUGUCGAGGGCGAGGGCGAGGGCGAGGGCGAGGAGGACCAGGGCGGUCCGCGACGAGGCCGAGGGCGGCGGGAGCGAGUCCCCCCUGGACCAGGACGGGGCGGCGGGGAUUGGGGUCGUGGAGUUCCGGCCGGGGACCGGCGAGGAUGAGGAGAGCAGCAGGGGAAGGAGAGCGAAGGGGCGAGGGCGGGGGCGGGAGUGUCCGGUUCCGAAACCGGGCGGGAUGCUGGGCGAGUGGCUGGGGUUCAAUGGGAACGCGGGGAGAGAGGCGGGAGAGAAGAGGCGGCCGGAUAGGUGA